AUGUACAGACUCCCACUUGUGCAAGUUACUGCUACUCUACCACCGCAAAGGCCUUGGAUUCCAUUGACACGGCCAAACAGAACACGCCCAACAUGCAUAUUCACGGUCAUGUGCUACAAUGUGUUGUGCGAUAAGUACGCAACGCGACAGAUGUACGGCUACUGCCCCAGCUGGGCGCUCGAAUGGGACUACAGGAAGAAGGGAAUCCUGGACGAGAUCAGGCAUUACUCCGCGGACAUUAUAAGCUUACAGGAGGUGGAAACAGAUCAGUUCUACAACUUCUUCCUGCCGGAGCUAAAGCAAGACGGUUACGACGGUAUCUUUUCACCCAAGUCACGCGCUAAGACUAUGUCCGAGUCUGAGAGGAAGUAUGUCGACGGCUGCGCCAUCUUCUUUAGAUCUGCCAAGUUUUCUCUAGUUAAGGAACACUUAAUAGAAUUUAACCAAUUAGCAAUGGCGAAUAGCGAAGGCUCGGACAACAUGUUGAAUCGCGUCAUGCCGAAAGACAACAUUGGCCUGGCUGCUCUCUUGAAAACGAAAGAAGCGGCGUGGGAAAACGGGAUACCAACGGACUCGUCGAUGCUCGGCCAACCGAUCCUAGUGUGUACGGCACAUAUACAUUGGGACCCGGAGUUCUGCGAUGUGAAGCUGAUCCAGACGAUGAUGCUGAGCAACGAGCUACGCAGUAUCUUGGACGACUCUGCUCGCACUUUACGACUGGCUGGCCAGCGUGAUAACGUACAGUUACUGCUAUGCGGAGAUUUCAAUUCAUUGCCGGACAGCGGCGUGGUGGAGUUCCUGUCGUCGGGGCGCGUGUCGGCGGAGCACCGCGACUUCAAGGAGCUGGGCUACGCGGCUUCGCUGCGUCGCAUGCCCGGCUCCGAGCACGAGUUCACGCACAACUUCAAGCUCGCGUCCGCCUACAGCGAGGACAUCAUGCCCUACACCAACUACACUUUCGAUUUCAAAGGCAUCAUUGACUACAUAUUCUACAGCAAGCAGUCGAUGACGCCCCUAGGUCUUUUAGGUCCCUUAUCUCAGGAUUGGUUUCGCGAGCACAAGGUGGUGGGCUGCCCACAUCCUCAUAUACCCUCAGAUCACUUCCCCCUGCUGGUCGAGCUGGAGAUGUGCCCGAGCACGAGCGGCAAUUCCAAUGGGCUGAUCGGACGCAGGUAG